AUGCUUCGCUCCUCAAAUAGUGUUCGAGGUCAACAUCAGUCCACAUCAAGUAUUUAUGACUACAAAACACUCAAUGAAAUGGUAAUGAGAACAACAAAUACGAGCACAUCAAAUGAACAAUCAGUAAUAGACAAUCAUGAACCGAAUAAAUAUAUUCAACCAGUGAAAACGUCUCUUGCUGAUGAAUCUUUAUGUGUUUCUUUACAGUCAAUGUUAAGUACUACUAUAUCCUUAUGUGAAGUGAUCAUUGAAGGCAACUGGAGAUUUCGAGCAUAUGAAGAUGAUCAGUUUAGAUUUAAAUCAAUGGGUAUUGAUAAUUUAGUUUAUAUAUGUCAUGAUAUCAUGAACAAAACACUUGGAAUGAUUAAGUUAAAACAACAAAAUCAACGAAUAUCGUCAUCAAGUUGUAAACCAUGGCCAAUAGUAAAUGUGGAUAAUUUUGAAAAAUUGACAGAUGUAGAUCGUGCUAUUCUUAAUCGUGCUCAUGUAUAUGCUCUAAUGACAAUUAUCUUUGAAGCAACAUCGUCAAGUAUCUCAAUGUCUCAACAAAUUUGUUAUAAAGAUGAAGUUGUCGAACAUAUCAAUAAUGAACAUAGUGUUUCUAAAUCUCAUAAUUACCCUAAAGUAUCCUAUGAAACUGCUUUCCGACAUCUGAUUCAUACACCUGACAAUCAACUUCUUCAAGUAGCUCUUCAUGCAUCUCUUAUAACCGGUCAUAGUCGAAUGGAGUUACAAGAAUUAGGUGAAAAAUUAGGUGUCAAACGACAUCAUUUUGAUAUGGGUUCAAUAAAAGAUUCAACCAAAACUUUUCAAGACCUAAUAAAAUUAUUACGUGAACAAAAAUUAAAACGAGAACGCGAACAACAAUACGUUGAUACUAAUAAAUUACCGUAUAAGCCUAAAAAAAAACGAGGUCUAAGCGCGAAUGUUUCAGGCACGAAGUUUGCUGUUGUUCGUCAAGCUGCUGAUGUAUACGGCUUUUCUCUAAGUUCCGAUGGUGAUACUACUUCUAAUCUAUUGUGGCACGAUACAUUAAUAUCAAUGGAUAUUGUAUCGGCACUAAAACCCUACCAAAAAGUAAAUCAUUUUCCAACCAUGAGUGAAAUUUCACGUAAAGAUUCAUUAGCUAGAAACUUUGACAAAUUAUCACGAACUCUACCCGAUGAAUAUAACUUUACGCCUAAAACGUGGAUAUUACCAAAUGAAUACAAUUCAUGGUAUUCAUAUGCUUCAAGUAAACCAAAAAAAGAUCAAUGUACUUAUAUUCUUAAACCAAAUAAUGGUGCCAUGGGACACGGUAUUCAAGUUUUUUGUGAUUAUGAACGAAUUCAACCAAUGGAUAACUAUGUGAUUCAAGAAUAUAUUCGAGAACCUUAUCUUAUCGAUGGUUUUAAAUUCGAUCUUCGAAUUUAUGCAUUAUUGACAUCAUGCGACCCACUUCGUGUAUUUAUUUUUAAUAAUGGUCUUGUUCGUAUGAGUACAGAAAAAUAUGAAACACCUAAUCGAAAAAAUGCUUCUCAUCUUUUCAUGCAUUUAACAAAUUAUUCCGUAAACAAAUACAAUGUUGAUUAUGAAAUUAGUGCAUCAAAUGCUAAUGGAGAAAAUACAGGCAGUAAACGUUCACUUAAAUUUUUAUUUGAAUAUUUACGAUCUCAAAAUCAAGAUGCAAAUACACUUUGGAGAGAUAUACAAAAUAUUAUAUUGAAAACAGUUUUUCUUGCUCAACCACAUUUAUUUGCUGCUUAUCGAAUGUGUCGUCCCGGCGCUUCACCUUCAAGUGAAAGUGUUUGUUUUGAAAUACUUGGUUUUGACAUAUUAGUUGAUCGCAACUUAAAACCAUGGGUACUUGAAGUAAAUCGUUGUCCAAGUUUUGGUACAAAUGAACAAAUCGAUUUUGAUAUAAAAAUGAAACUGUUACUUGAUACAUUUGAAUUACUUCGUUUUCGAACAUCAGACAGAAAAAAGAGUCUCGCCAUUGAAAAAGCUGAAGCACAACGUCGUUUAUAUUCAAAUAUUGGUAAAACUAGUCGUUUAUUAGAUGAUGCAUCACUAAUUCUUUCCAAUGGAACCUAUCGGGAUUUUCGAACUCGACAAAAAAAACUUGCUGAUGUGAAGGAAAAAUUAUAUCUUCUUCAACGUGAAACAGCUCGUGAAACAUUUGAAAACCGUCAUUUAGGAAGUUUUAUACGUUUAUUUCCUGUUGAAGAUAGUAUUCGAAUGAGUGAAUUAAUGAUCGUAUUAACAAAGUGUUUCGAUGUGUUAUAUGCAAAUAGAAAGGAUUUAUCAUGGAGUACGAAAUAUUAUAAUCGAUUUAAAGAAGAAGAAUUAUUAGAACAAUUGACAGAACUUGAAGAUCUUGAUCAAAGUGAUCAAAAACGAAACCCUCGUUUAGCAUUUGUAUCAAAUAAUAGUCUUCCAAUAGAUCGUGCAUCUCCGUCAGCCAGUUUUGUAUCCGAAUUGACUGACGAUGACGAUGAACAUAAUCAUCAAGAUCGAUCAAGUUCACCUCAACCAUCUGAUUUCGUUAAUAAAACCACAUCAUCAACAAAUACUAUUACAACCAAUGGUUCCUUAUUGAGACGAUAUACACCACAAUCACGAACAAAUGUUCUUCGUACAACACCAAUAUCGCCAUUAAUUCUUCGAAAACAACGACAAUCUUCAAUUAUUCCUACAAAUAUUCUUCAACGACCAAACUUACAAUCACAAGCAAGUCCAUCGGAUAUAAAAACAAAUCGAGCCAUUGAAAAGAAAAGUUAUUCAACAUCAUCAAGUCAAAAUGCCGAUCGUCCAACUCAACAGUCUCGAUUAACAACUCGAGUAAUAAAUAGUCAAACUCAAAUGGUUACAUUCACCACAAUAACGCAAACUGGUAGAAAACAACAAAGUAGUAUGACACCAUCGAUUGGUCGAUCAACAUCAUUCAAUACUCCUAAAGAAUUACAAAUCAAUGAUGAUCAAUUAAAUCAUCUUUAUCAAUCAACACUUGAACAAAUGCAUCAAUUGUGUAUUCGGUAUCCCAAUAAAUCUGAUGAUGAAACACGACGAAUUUGUAAUGAAAUUGUUGAAAACUGGAAUAAAUAUCGUUCGUUAAUAGGAGAAUUUUGGUUAUCUAAAUUAGAUACAAAAAAAAGACAAGCAAUUAUAAGAAUUGUUUGGAAUAAUGUUCAACAAAUAAUGAAGCAACUAUGGACGGUGGAUCACUAUAUUGAACAAUUAUCAUUAAGUAAACAUUUAGCUAAAUUAGAACAACGCUUAUUAGCCAACAGUGGUCAAUACUUAUGGGAUAUUUGUCAAAAUAGAUAUAAUUCGUGGGGAUCAUCAUUAGUAACAAGUACAAAUCGUGUAUCUCCAAUUGAAUUAGCGUGUUGUAAUCGUUUUAUUGAAUUGUGUAAACAAGCUUUGUUUAUUGUUUAUCGUUAUUCAGUUGAUGAAAAGAUCAAAAAACAACAAGAGCAUCAAUCACAAGGAUCAACGAUAAUGGCUAUUUCAUAG